AUGUAGUGAUGCCUAUUAUGUCUCUAAUGUCCCCUUACCCUUUCCCUCCCCUUUUCUUAUUUUUGUAUCCCAAUACCCGUAUUUCACCAAAAACAACGCUGAUCCGGCUGAGGAAACCACAUCUAGUGGUGAAACGCAUACCAAACCUGCAAGGCAGGAAAAGGAGUUCAGGAUUUCAGGAAACAAGUACAAUGAGGAAUCAGACAGUACUCAAAAGUUCAAAAAUUUAAAGGAUCACUCCAAGUUCCUAGUACACUUUGGUGGUCAUGGUGCUGGAUGUGUCCAGGCAAACCUCCCCUCAAU